GUGUUAUACGACUCAUUUAAAAAACUAAAUAUCAAUAUGAAGAGCCUAUUCUAUUUAUGUGCAUUCGCUUUGAUCGGGUUAGCAGUGGGAGAAACUAAAGUGCAUUCCCGAGGUUGCAUCUAUAUAUUAGGACGAUGUGCACAGGAAUGCGAGGAAGGUACCUAUGGAUAUUCAGUCGGCUGUGGCUUCUUAACUCCAGAAGCCACCUGCGAGGACCCUAAGCCAGUUCAAGAUACACGUACUGGAAUGAUCUGCGACUACUCGGCUUGUUACUGUGCACCACCCACUGUACGGAACACGAAGACGAAAAAAUGCGUUCAACUUGACGAAUGCCCGGCCGACGCUUAAACUGUCAUG